AGCAGCACAUCCUCGAGCCGGUCGUUACAGCCUCCAUAUCACUGAGCACAGAGCCAGCGCUCGAGCUCCAGCGACACAGCGCGCGCUCGGGAUUGUGUUCACUUCACGGACCUAAACGUGAUUUUCUUGCUUUAAUUUGCUCAGAUAAUUUAAACUGGCGACGAGAGGAGGUUUUUUUUUUAUUGUACCAGCGGGACAAGCUCGGCGACACCGGGGCACAGAGCGGGGAUAGGAGCGAGGCUUCAGCUCAUUAUAACCCAGGACACUGGACAUUCUUCCUGCACGAGAGGACGGUACUUUGGAUUACUUUGACACACAGUUUGUUACCGGAAUACACCGUAAAUAUAACUACAAUAAUGUGUCUUCUGCUUCUCGGCGUGUCGCUUUUCUUUAGUAGAUAAUACAACCCUCACAUUGCGCUGAGCGGAUGCAUGCACUUCUGUGCGCUUUGUGCAUAUUCAAGCUACAGGAAAAGCUGUAACCUGUAGCAGAAUAAAAUAUUUAAUAAAGCAUUUAUUUUAUUUAUAACUAACCCCCAACUCAUUUACUAUUGCCUUGGAGCGAGCCCUGCGCCCUUUUUGAACUCAGAGAAACCUGCGAAGCCCGGAUCAGGAUCAGGAUGCAUCACAGCUGAAACCACGGGUCCGGGACUUUGGUGUUAAAAAUCAGAUCUGACGGACCUCCAUCUCUGUCCUGGAGCAGGACAGGAGCCGAAUCAUGAAGUGUCCUGGCAGUGCGAUGUGGAUCCUGCUCCCAGUGCUAUGCCUGCUCUCUGGAGCCUCCUGGGCAGCGACCCUGGGCGGACUGGGAGACACUCUUCUUGUUUCUAAAACUUUCAAUGGUGUGGCCAACGUCAGCACCUUCCUAUUGGACCGUUCAUCUGGCAUGUUGUUCCUGGGUGCCAGGGACGCCAUACUGGCUGUGGACACCAACAAACUGAACGAACCGCGGAAGAUUGUUUGGGAUGUGCCAGAGGAGAAGAGGAAGUCUUGUGUGGGGAAGGGAAAGACGGAGGUCGACUGCAACAACUACAUCCGUCUGAUGGAGUUUCUGGGAGAUGGACGCAUCUACGUGUGUGGCACCUACGCCUUCGACCCCCAGUGUGCCUUCCUGGAGCUUUCCUCCUUCACCCUGGAGAAAGCUGAGGAUGGAGGAGUGAAGAUGGAGACGGGGAAGGGCAAGUGUCCAUUUGAGCCCAGUCAGCACUACACAGCUGUUAUGGCAGGUGGUACCCUGUACACUGCAGCCACCAGUAACUUCCUGGGAACGCUCUUCGACAUCUCCCGAGCAACGGGCCCCGAGCAGGAUCGCAUCCGAACUGAACGAUCCAUCAACUGGCUGAGUGACCCAGAGUUUGUGAGCUCAGCCUUCAUCGAGCAGUCCGAAGACAACCCGACAGGAGACGAUGACAAAAUCUACUUCUUCUUCACUGAGGUGGCCAAAGAGUACGACCUCUACACCAAAGUCAAAGUGCCCAGGGUGGCCCGAGUCUGCAAGUCUGAUGUGGGAGGGAUGAAGACCCUGCAGCGACGUUGGACCACCUUCCUCAAGGCCCAGCUGGUGUGUGAGGACAAACCCAGCGGUCAGCGCUACAACAUCCUCACCGAUGUUUUCACCACGCAGCACACACCGGGCGACCCCAGCAGCACACACUUCUACGGGCUGUUCACCUCCCAGUGGGAGCGUGAGGAGUUAUCAGCAGUGUGUGUCUUCAGUCUGUCUGACAUCAGCAAAGUGUUGGACGGUCCCUUUAAAGAGCUGAAGAAGACCUGUGAGAACUGGAUCAACCCAGAACCUGUUCCCACACCGAGGCCUGGCCAGUGUUUGAACAAUGCUCUGAAGGCCGAGGGAUUCGAGUCCUCCCUGAAACUUCCCGACAAGGUGUUGACAUUUGUGAGGGACCAUCCCCUGAUGGAGAACAGUGUGACUGCAGCGCCCCUGCUGGUCCGGAAGGGAAUCAGAUACACCAAGCUGGCUGUAACGCAGACGGGCAGCAGAGAGGAGCAAAAAGGGGCAGUGCUGCACCUCGGAACAGACCGUGGGGAGCUCCACCGGGUGGCAGUAGUGGGCCAGAAUGCUACCUUACUUCAGGAGAUUGCUCUGUUCACCGCACAUGAGCCCGUCAACAACAUACUACUGCACCAGGGCCGGGCUCUGGUGGGCAGCCCCCUGUCUCUGGCUCGUGUCCAGGCUGAAGGCUGCGCUCUGUAUCCCAGCUGUAAGGUGUGUGCCAGAGCCCGAGGACUGGGCUGUGUGUGGAAGGAUGAUGCCUGCAAGCCCACAACUGAGGAUCCUGGUCAGGGUGAUAUUGUUGACAACGCCUUGAGAAAGUGUGAUGUAGAGGACGGACGUUGCAAACCGUUAAUGAGGGAGCUGCAAGUUUCUAUGGGUUUGCGCUUGCUGUUGCCAUGUGUCCAGCUGUCUCCCAGGCCCUGUAGCUGGGAGCACCCUCCCCACAGACACACUCGGCAGCACCACUCGGACCUGGAGGUGACUGUCACCAACGACAGCCUGGGAAAAUACAUCUGCACAUGUCAGGAGCCAGGACCAGGUAUCAGAGACCCCACCCCCUGCCGCAGAGCAGCCUUUCAUCUGGCGCUCGAACACCCCAGUCAUAAAGGAAACGUGGUGAUAGCAGGAAGUCGUCAUGUCCUGGCAGUCUACAUCCUUUUCUUCUUCUUGGGUUUAGUGUUUGGCGCAUUUCUCCUCUACUUCGUGACCCGUCGCCGCAGCAUUGCCCGCCAGGGUCACCACCUGCCAGAUAACUCGCUGUCGUCAGAGAAGGGGCGGGACUUGCUGGGCUCCUCAGCCACGCCACAGUCGCCUAGCAGUGCCAGCUUGAUGUCUGAGGGUUUCAGAUUGACAGAAAAACGGAAUGGGACGGCGACCACCAACACGACUACAACACUCCUGAGCAACCAGGGGAAUGGUAACAGCUACAGCGGCACCCUGAUCCACAGCAACCCCAGCAAUGGCCACGGGAACAGCUUGUAUUCUACCUGCAACACAAGCAGCAGCGGGCUGAAGUUCACCUCGGAAAUCUUAGCUGCAGACUUGCUGGAUGGAAGGACGGGGGAGAGGGAGAGGGGGAGGCCCGAGGGGGUGGAGAGGGAGUCAGGGGAGGGGGACGAGGUGGAUGAGGGGCUGGGGGACGGGUUAGGGGACGGAAUAAAAGGACUGGAGGAGGAGUUGGCCACCUUUCCCAUGUUUAAAUCACCAGCACCACUGGCUAAGUGUGAAGAAAGUUCGAUAUGAAAAGCUGAUGCGAAUGCUGAUCGCACCAUUUUGCAUCCUCCAAACAAACUGAAUAAUAUUGGGAGGAAUGCAGAAUGGCUACUGCCAAAUGCCUUUGUAUGGGAGCUGUGGCAUGAAGAGAGACUACAGAGAUCUAUGAGAAAUAUAUGAUAAGUCUAUGUGAAAGCAUGUGAGAGAGAAACAUGUGAUGUGUUGAGAGCCACAGCUAAAUAAAUGUGUCAGAUGUAAUAUAAAGUGUAAAUAUAAGCAGUCUGAAUGUGACUGUGGACACAGAGCUGAGUGUGAUAUCAAUUUAAAUGUUAAAAAAAAUCAAAGAUGAAAUGUCUACAUGUGUAGACAUUGAAAAGCCAUAUUGUCUUUCUCCUUAACUUCUGUUGUUGUUUGCUCUCUCGUUCUCUUCUCUUGAUGGCACUGCAAAAAAAAAGUGCACUUUGAGUCUCUCAGCACCUCUUCUCUCCAUUUCUAUUCUUCUCUCUGACACACCACUCAAAUCCCAGACCUUGACAGGUCCAAAGGCACCAAAGGACUGCUGAGCCAUAGACUGCCCAGUCAGACUGCACCGGUCCUGGGCUUCAAACAGAGAAAUGUCACUGUCAGAGACUACAGAACCAUCAAGAGAGUCCCUCAGAUGGGCCACAGUGACUGUGACGGGGCUGUCACUGCCUACACUGUCGAGAGGUCAACAGGAGGAUUAGUGUCAUUGUGGAAGCUCAAGAUGCACAGCAGAUAGAAGUAACUGACAGCUGCAUAGAUCUGCCACUGAGCACCUUCACAGUUACUGAGACAAAGGCAAAGGAUUUUCAAUAGGAUUUGAAAAUCAUUUCAGCCUCACAGAAUGGACCUUGCCAGACACAAAGCCACCAUCACCUCGUUUUGUGAGUGUGGAACUUAAAAAAUGUAUUGUUUUUGUCAUGUUGUUUUGUAAUAAAGCCUAAGAAAAGUU